GGCGCAUUUGAAGCAAGCCUCGAAGCGGCGCUUCGAUCUCCAGUGCUUCGAAACCUGAGUAUCGAGCGGCCCAUCACUACCGUGAAGUCUUAUGGUGACUCUUCCACCAGGAACAUUGAAUUGGUGUCAUGCUGCACGGGGUAGCAGGUGCUCGAUAAAAAAACGACUACAGAAAAUGGAUGAGAAGUGUCCAGAAGCCCCUGGAGCUGGAAUAGAGUAACCUCAGAAGAUACAAAUACCAAGCCAUUCGUGCUUGCCAUGUUGUGUUCAGCACUGCUAGCUGGCUGCUCUUUUGGAUGAGUGCUGUCAGAUGGACUUUCAACAUUUUUUGUUGCUGUACACAAAAAGACAGAAAAUAGCAGCACCCUUGACAGACUAUAAAUAAGCAGCUCAAUGGAUAAUCAAUGGUUUUAACCAAUCAGAGAGCAGAAAGCAACUUGGGUGAAGUCAUUGGCUAAAGCAUUUUGUAUAAUGCAGACUGAAAGGACCUCCAAAAGCUGAAGUUCACCCUUGAACAAUAUGAGAGACUGCGUGUAUCUGUAACCAUUGUGUCUGGAACAAUACCAUCACCUUCUCUGAAGGGGCAACAGCAGCAAGUUUGAAAGCCAAAGAGCCUGGCAUACUGCCAUCUGCCCUGGACCUCCCGUUCUUGUUGAUACGCAGAAGUGUUGGUUUUUCUCAGUAAAGACUCGCUUGAACUCCUUUGGAGCAUAUCCUUUCUCUGGAGGAUAGCUGGUAUAAAAUACCAGAGGAAAGUCAUCUGUCAAGGAGACUGCAGCAUUAAUACACAAUACAAAAAGAACCGGUAGAAUCUGACACUACACUGGAGUCUCCUUUUACCAUGGAGAACAAAAGAAAUGUGGGCAUUAAGGAAGAAGACGACGAUGACUGUGAAUGGGAAUCUGUGCAACAUCUGACGAUGACUCAUGGUACGGAGAAGGAAGAGGAUUUCAAAUGGCAACCAGUAGUUAUUAAAGAAGAGUUUGAGUCCACGUCUGAUAACACUGACUGUCAAAAAAGUGAGAUUGUAAAUCAUGUUAAGACUGAAGAUGUUAAAUUGGAGUCGGUCAUUCAGAAUGUGCAUCCAGAUGAGGAGCUAACUGGAACAGACUUUGCGGAAAAUAAACCUGACAACAUCCAGAAUGAUUCUGUCCAGAUGAAGACAGAAUGUUUCCAUUCUUGGAUGAAGGGAACUGAGAAAGCACCACUUUCUGGAGAAGAUAUAAAAGAAAGGGGUGCCUUCUGCCCAUCUUCAUUUCAUCAGACCUGUACACUGAAGAGACCACAGCAAAACCUGGAAAGACUGACACCUAAUUCAGAGGUUUUGAGGACGACCAACACUCCAUGCAUGCAUGACGCACAUUCAGAAGCUUUGGACUUCUUUCAAGAGCAGAAAAAAGCUUCAGAACAAAAAUUGGAGACAAAGUAUAAGUGGAGACAAGCAGGACAGAAACCAUACUGCUGUUCAGAAUAUGAAAAACAAUUCUCCAACAAUAGCAGGCCUCUGAUACAAAAGAUAAUCCAUAGUGGAGAGAAGCCUUUUUGCUGUUCUGAAUGUGGGAAAGAAUUCUCACAAAAAAGGUAUCUUCAGACCCACACAAGAAUCCACACUGGAGAGAAGCCAUAUAGCUGUUCUGACUGUGGCAAAGGAUUCUCUAACAAGCGCAGUCUUCAGAGCCACACAAGAAUUCACACUGGAGAAAAGCCAUUUUCCUGUUCUGAAUGUGGCAAAAAAUUUGCCAACAAUAACAGUCUUCAGACCCACAUAAAAAUUCACACUGGAGAGAAGCCACAUAGCUGUUCUGAUUGUGGCAAACGAUUUUCUACCAAUGGCCUUCUUAUGAAGCACACAAGAGUUCACACUGGAGAAAAGCCAUACUGUUGUUCCAAUUGUGGGAAACAAUUUGCUGACAAAAGCAAUCUUCACAUCCACACAAGGGUUCACACUGGAGAGAAGCCCUAUUGCUGUUCUGAUUGUGGCAAACGAUUCUCCUCCAGCAACUGUCAUCAGAGACACAGAAGAAUUCACACUGGAGAGAAGCCAUACUGCUGUUUUGACUGUGGCAAACAAUUUGCUGACAAAAGCAAUCUUCUGAUCCACACAAGAGUUCACACAGGAGAGAGACCAUAUUGCUGUUGUGAUUGUGGGAAACGAUUUUCCUCCAGCACCUGUCUACAGAGACACAAAAGAAUUCACACUGGAGAGAAGCCAUAUUGCUGCUCGGACUGUGGAAAAGAAUUCUCUGACAAACGUAAUCUAAGGCAUCACAAAGCAAUUCACAUUGAGGAGAAGCCAUAUUCAUGUUCUGAUUGUGGGAAACAAUUUGCACAGAUUGCCAAUUUUAAAACCCACACAAGGAUUCACACUGGAGAGAAGCCAUUUUCCUGUUCUCAUUGUAGCAAAGGAUUCUCUGACAGUAGCAGUCUUAAGAGGCACAUAAGGAUUCACACAGGCCAGAAGCCAUAUUGCUGUUCUAUAUGUGGCAAACAAUUUUGCAAAAACAGUGACCUUCAGAGCCACACGAGAAUCCAUACUGGAGAGAAGCCAUAUUGCUGUUCUGACUGUGGGAAACGAUUCUCACAAAUUAGCUCCCUUCAGAACCACAGACGAAUUCAUACAGGAGAAAAACCGUAUUGGUGUCCUGUAUGUGGCAAACAGUUUUCACGGAAUAGCAAUCUUCAAGCCCACAAAAAAAUACAUACAGGAGAGAAGCCAUAUUGCUGCUCUGAAUGUGGAAAACAAUUCUCUACCAACUACAGUCUUCAGAAACACACAAGAAUCCAUACUGGCGAGAAGCCUUAUUGCUGUUCUGAAUGUGGCAAAGUAUUUGCUCACAGUUGCAUGCUACAGAUUCACAAACGCAUUCACACGGGAGAGAAGCCAUAUUGUUGUUCUGAGUGCGGCAAACAAUUUAGCAACAAAAGCAAUCUUCAGAGCCACGCAAGAAUUCACACUGGAGUAAAGCCAUAUUUCUGUUCUGACUGUGGCAAGCAAUUCUCAAGGAACAGCAAUCUUCAGAUCCACAAAAGACUUCACAGUGAAGAUAAGCCAUAUCACUGUUCUGAAUGUGGGAGACAGUUCUCCCAAAUAGGAUAUUUUCACACCCAUGCUAGAAUUCAUAGUGGAGAGAAGCCAUAUUGCUGCCCUGUCUGUGGCAAACGAUUCUCUGACAGCAGCAGUUGUAAUAUGCACAAAAAAAUUCACACAGGACAGAAGCCUUAUCACUGUUCUCACUGUGGCAAACAGUUCUACAAGAAGAGUGAUCUUCAGACCCACACAAGAAUUCAUACUGGAGAGAAACCACACUGCUGUUCUGAAUGUGGCAAACGAUUCUCUGAUAAGCGUGGUCUUCAAAAACAUACAAGAAUCCACAUUGAACAGAAAAGGGAACUUCCAGGCCCAUCUGCACCUCCUGCCAAUCACCAUAACCCCUUAGGAACUACAAAAGGAAGCAUUAGAAAAGGUGCUACACUGACCCAUUGUCAUUAAUUUAACAGAAUAACAGUAGCAGAACAACAUAAUAUCAUGAUUGGGCAAAUAUGUGCACAGUACAGUGGAAUCUCGGUUCACGACCGUAAUUCAUUCCAAAACUCUGGUUGUAAACCAAAGCAAUUUCCCCCCAUAGGAUUGUAUGUAAAUAUAAUUAAUCCGUUCCAGACCAUACGAACUGUAUGUAAAUAUAUAUAUUUUUUAAGUUUUUAAGCACAAAUAUAGUUAAUUAAACCAUAGAAUGCACAGUGUAAUAGUAAACUAAAUGUAAAAACAUUGAAUAACAUUGAAUAACACUGAGAAAACCUUGAACAACAGAGAAAACUAACACUGCAAUAGUUUGUGCUAUAGCGCUACCAACCGCUGGCUAAAAACACUUUUUUUUAAAAUAAGCUUUAAGCACAGGGGAAAAAAAAUGAACAUUUGAAAAAAUCCAUAAUUUAAUAAACCACCAAGAAAAGUAACAUUGCAACAAUGCACGCUACAAACCGCUCGCUUUAAACAGAAGUGAAAACAAAAUCAAGCCCAGUGUAUUCUUUAACUGCCUUCCUACCUUAU